CAGUUCGUGCCCGGCUGCCGUGUGCGUCGGUUGUUAUACGAAGGAGUAACGCUAGCGCGUUGUGUUACGAAAAAACAUCUUUUGUACCUUAACCAAACCAGUGCUGUGGAUUCCACUAUAUAGUGCUCCUGUGAGAUUGUGCCAUUUCGUAUUGUGAUGUUGCGUGUUCAGAUGUUAUAGUGUCGGAUUUCUCUUCAAAAGAGUGGGACGGGUGAGCCUGCCGCCGCCGGACGCCUUUUCUCUCGGAACUCGGGAUAUCAUUAAGAUGCCAACACAAGAUGAGCCGACGAUUUGACCACAACACAAACCAUGAAACUAUUUAACACAAACCGAAAACACGAACCAACCAUGUUCGAAACCAUACAUCUGGAACCUUUAGAAAAGGUUGUAAACACCAAGAAAAAGAGUCUUCUAGAUCUAAAAUCACUUCUAGAAGACAGAGGAGGCACGAUCCCUCACAAUGGUUACAAAAGAAAAGUCAUUCUGGAAGACAGAUCUAGCAAUAAUAGUGUUUAUCGGUUAGACAAUAAAGUUAGUUUUCGUGAUACAACUUUUAGUGAAAGCAAUACCAGGUGUAGUGGAAGGUUAAGGGAGUGGUGUAGACUUAAGACUUUAGUGUUUGUGUUGUUAGUGGCGUGUUUUGUGGAUACUAGGCUGCAGGCUGAGGCGAGAAGUUCAGAACCAAGAUAUGAAACGGCGUACGCGUGCGAAGGGAAAACGUUGAAGAUUGGGUGCGGGGAGGGCUCCGUCAUCCACCUCAUAAGGGCGAACUAUGGAAGGUUCUCGAUCACCAUCUGCAACGACCACGGCAACACCGACUGGAGUGUCAACUGCAUGAGCACGAGGAGUUUACGGGUUUUACAUAGCAGAUGCAGUAUGCACCAGAACUGCAGUAUAUUGGCCAGUACGAACAUGUUCGGCGAUCCAUGUCCGAAUACAUUGAAAUAUUUAGAAGCUCACUAUCAAUGUGUACCAGCAUCAACAACCAGUACAACAACAAGGCCUUCCCCUCCCUGGCUGAUUACCUCCCAGCCGACUGUGUGGAGGUCCACUGCGCUGCCAAUGCCCAAAAACCCAGUACUCUCCCCUCAAGAGAAGAAGAAACCCACUGUGAUCACACCGCCAACCUUCCGACCGCAUAUCACACUGCCUCCUGAAGUGCAGCUUGGAAAUAUUGCCACUAAGAAAACAACAACAAGACAACCAGAUUCGUCAUCAGAAAGAGAACCACCACAGGUAGAGAAGAUACCAGAUGUCAAAGAAGAAACUCCAAAGGUGGCGGAGACAGACAGCAGUCCGAAAAUGGACAAACCGAAGGAAAAAGACGAUGAAAUUUCAGCAGUAACUGAUGAAACCCUCCAUUGGGCACCCAAAGACGAAGUUGCAGACCCAACUAUACAUAUGCCUAAAGAGAAUCGACCACUGGAAAGCGACGUUCUUGACGAGUUCAAUAAAGCAUUUUCUACAAUCGCAACGCCAGCUAUCGGCCGAAGAACCUACUGUCCACAGAUCAACGCUCGCGGUCUCCAUUGGAACUGGACGCUGGUUGGCACAUACGCUGUUCAACCUUGUCCUGGAGGAGCUACUGGGUUGGCAAGAUGGAAAUGUACCCUCACAUCCCACCCUUACAUUGAAGAGGAGCGACCAAGAAGACGCGGCAGUUCAGGACUGCAAUCAGGAGAAAACUACCACGAUUUAGGUCUGGAUCCACCGAAUGAAAGACAAAUGCAGCUUAUUAGAAGAUUGGGGUCUGAGGCUUUGCUAAAAGGUCGCGAUGGUGAUUCUCCAGAACAUUUGAUUGACUACCGUGGCUCAGUUAAUAUGCCAGACGCGCAAGCUAGCCUUAAUCUUAUUGGAGACUUGAUGUACUCGGACUCGAUACCAGAAUGGCACGGUGCUACACCAGACCUCAGUGAGUGCAGGUCCGUCUGGCUGAACAGUUUGGAAGCCAGGGUCCGAGAAGGCGAAUCACUGCUGAGCAUUAGCAACGAUCUAGCGCAGGUGACUUCAUCAAAAAGUCUCUACGGAGGUGACAUGAUGACAACAACAAGCAUUAUGAAGAAGCUCGCCCAACGCAUGUCGCAGAACAUAAAAUCCUUUCCCGACCCCGAGGCCAUUGUUACUGAUAUGCUACUUGGAGUUAUUAAGACUGGUUCAAACCUGUUAGAAGAAAGCCAACGUGCGUCCUGGUCAGACCUCAGCGCAGACGCACAGAACAGAGUAGCGAGUGCGCUGCUCACACAGCUGGAAGAAAACGCGUUUCUGUUGGCUGACGCUGUCACCAAAGAGAAGACCAUCUUGCAGAUUGUGAAGAAUAUUUGUCUUUCCGUAAGAGUCCUAGAAGUAAAGAACGUAGAAGACGAAACAUUUCCAUCGGUCAUCGCUCAAGAACAAUGGAAGGCUUCUGAGGACACGAUCACCAUACCCAAAGCUGCUUUACUUGAAAAUCACCAAAUCGACCUAGUCAGGAUAGUCUUUUUCGCGUUUGAUCGUCUCGAAGAAAUCCUUCCACCUACAUUCGGAAAGAGCCCACAGUUUGCUGCCUACACUUCUGAUCCGGCAUCUUCUACCAGCAUCAACUCUGAACGGGAGAAGAAAAACAUCACCAGGGUUUUGAACUCUAAGGUUAUAUCAGCAAGCUUGGGGAAUGGCCGACACAUACAACUUUCACAAAUGGUACGCCUCACCAUGAAGCACUUGAAAACUGAAAAUGUCACCAACCCAGCCUGCGUCUUUUGGGAUUACACUUUACACGGCUGGUCACACGAAGGUUGCCAAGUGGAAUGGUCGAACCUCACCCACACAGGUUGCGCGUGUUCCCAUCUCACCAACUUCGCGAUCCUGAUGGAUGUUCACGGAGUAACCCUCAGCGCAACCCACCAGAUGGCGCUGCGGCUGGUGACAGUGGUUGGUUGCGCAAUCUCCGCGGUUGCGCUACUGGCUGCGAUCAUUGUGUUCCAGUGUUUUAGGAACAUGAAGUCGGAUCGCGUGCUUAUCCACAAGAAUCUGUGCGUGUGUCUCCUGAUCGCCGAGGUGGUGUUUUUAUUCGGGAUCGAUCAGACUCAGGACCGUAUAAUGUGCGGCAUUAUCGCUGGACUCCUGCACUAUUUCUUCUUAGCGGCUUUCGCUUGGAUGUUUCUAGAAGGGUUCCACCUAUAUGCGAUGCUAGUGGAAGUGUUCGAGCCGGAACGCCCCAGAGCUCGGUGGUACUGUGCAGGGGCGUACUUGGCGCCCGCGCUUGUUGUACUAGCAUCAGCAUCUUCCUUCCCCACGGGGUAUGGGACCCCACACCAAUGCUGGCUGACCACUGACCGGUGGUUUAUCUUGAGCUUUGUGGUGCCAGCUGGGUUGGUGUUACUGGCCAAUUGGUUAUGUCUGAUCUUCGUGAGUUAUUUGAUGUGUCGUCACUCCACGGUAUCUAUCAAAGCGAAAGAAAACUCUAAAUUAUAUAAAAUAAGGGUAUGGCUAAACAGUUCAGUUGUCCUCGCCGUCCUGCUAGGCCUGACUUGGACCUUUGGGCUGCUUUACCUGAACGAGCAGACGGUGGGCGUGGCCUACACCUUCACCAUACUCAACUCGCUGCAGGGACUCUUCAUAUUCAUCUUCUACUGCUUGCAGAACGAAAUUUUCCAAAAGGAAUGUGCCCGUCUCUGUCGACGCCACCCGUGGCUGUCCUGCUGUCUCACUCUAACGGGCACGCCGCCCACACAGUCGUCCAAUCACGUUGACACCAGACAGGGAUCCGUCAAAAGCAGACGAUACCAUCAAAGCACGGCUGAUAACGACGAUGUCGUUGAUCCGAGAGAUGUUACGAGCUACAGCUUGCAACCCGAGGUGGCUAGAUGGAAUAUUCGCCCGACUGCGCCAAUUUACGUACCGAACGAAGACGUGAGGAACGCCCGAGCGCCCACGCCACAGAACAUACCGCAUAGCUCGUCUCACUCGCACAGCAUUGCAUCCAUGCAUAGCUACAGGAAUAAUAUCGAAGUGCCGAACGAUUACCAGAACCUUCGAUCGCGGUCGCCAUCUUGUUAUUCCAACAAAAUGGCGGCGUCGAUUGGCGCGAACGACUGGGCGCUCGUCGCGAACACGAGCGGCAAUGUAUGGAAGAACACUUCUUCUAAGCAUCAUCCAAGCAACACGGCAACGCUCCCCCACCACGAUACCCUCUCUCGUCAAAUGGCCCAACAGAGUCACAUUCAUAGUCCAUACCCCGAAUGUGAUGGCCAAAUCGCCCCCGGCUCCCCACGACACGUCAUCAAGGAUGAAGAGAGCCCUCUUCACUACCCACAAGGACACCAAACUACCCGAAGCUACAACCACGACUUCAGAAACCCACACGUUUACAUGUCCCAACACUCCCCCGGUAGUCAAGAGAUGAUCUUUCGCAAACACUACAAGGACGAGAAUCGGCGCAAGCAUCACCACCACCAUGGAAGCCAAAACGUUAAUCACACGUACUCCGAAAUCGCUUCCCAACAAGGAAGAAUCUACAGGAGAGGUUCUGAGGAGUUUCGAGUGAUCCAAGACGAUCCAGUGUAUGAGGAAAUCGAGAGGAAUGAAACCCUCAUGUCGGAUAUGUCUGACGAUAAUUCUGGACCAGAUAACUGCAGGCAGAACCCCGGACACCACGGGUCGUCCAGCUCCAAGUUUUUUGGGGACCAUCGACCCUUAAUUUCCUACAGCCCAGGGGAAAGACACCACCAUGAACAAGAGCAUUAUGGGAAAUAUGGUAAAUGGGAUACUCUGGAGAGGACGUACGAUCCGAGGCACGCUUACGAAAGUGGCAGACUGAUGCAUCCUUAUCAUCAGCCUCAGGAGAACAAUAUGAGGGCGUUGGCAGCUGUUCUCAACGGGGAGAACAAUGUGGUUUGCCAUUUGGAACCGCACAAUUCUUAUGACGUGUACCAGCCUCAGGCCGGCAACCCAAGGACUGUAUCACAACCCAGUUUCUAAACUCACCCGGUUCGAUGCAAUCGGAAUGUUUAACGAGUGAUAGUGAUUUCGAACGUUUUAAGACAUCGGAGAUAUUGUACAGAUAUAGCGAAUGAAUUUUUCUAUGAACGUAGACAUAGAAGUUUUACGGCCGUAUUCACAAUCAUUACUAUGGGGUCUCACAGUGCGCUCGAACGCAUAGUGUAGGUUCCACCAAUCAGAUCAUCGUUAAUUGACGUGACACAGUCGUCUGAUUGGUGGAACCGACACUAUGCGUUCGAGCGCACUAUGGGACCUCAUAGUACUGUCCGUGAAUACGGGUAUUAGUGUCACGGCCGAGUGAUAGCGUUUAUGUAGAUCCUUGCCAUAACGUGGACUUUAAAUUACAUAUAUUAUAUUUAUAGACGGUUAGAUGUAAACGUAAGUUUAAAUCACUUUUUCCACUGUGAUCCUAUUUAAAUAUAACGGCUCAACUUCAGUGUCGCGACUACGUUUCGUUCGUUUCGCUGUGUCGAGCGAUUUUGUAUAUACUUAGCGGUUAGAACAUAGAUUUGUAUUAACUUCCUGUGUGACCUUACUAUUUCUACUAUCGGAGGAUAUCAUUCGGAAUCAUGGCAUUUUUCAAUAGUGCAUUUUAUUAUUAGGUUUGAAAAUCUGUGAUGUUUCAUUUGUAAGUUUUAAGUUUCUUUUACGCCUUUCAACUUUAAAAUUCACUGCCAUUUUAAAAUGGGGGAUAUAUACUACGUCACAAAAAUAUGUUUUAAACAUCCUGAUAUAGAAUAAGUGAUUAAAAACUUUAGCUACGCCAUUUCCCAUGAUUUACUCAAUGGCAUAGCAAAGAAUCAGACACAGAUCCAGUGUUUAGUUGCUACUAUCAAUGACGUCGAUAUUUGAACUACUCCAAACGUCUUACAGUAGCCAGCAGGAAAGAUUACACAUCGAACUUUAGAAAGAGGCAGUCGUCAGCUUCGUAGAGCAUUGUCUCUUACACUCAUACCAAUGUGACAUUUUGUCAAUGACUUGUCUAUCUCAACGAUAGAGAUAACGCUCUAUGAAAACGUAGCUGCUAUCUCUUUCUAAAGUACGAUGUGUAAUCGUUCCUACCGAGUACUGUGCCUUCACUUUGAUUCAGUGUGACGUAUAUAAUUUCGAACCCAAGUGCUAAUUUUUGUAAUUGUUUAUAUUUAACCGUGCGGCAGCUUAGUGGCUCUUUUUCAUGGAAGUUUAAAAUCCAUCCAACCUAUUAUAGACUGACA